CUCUCGCAUUGCCAGACCUUCCUGCACAGCGCUGUAAUGCAGUUUGAGACUACAAACGACUAUAAAACGGCCUUUAAUGGCUAUUGCACAACAUUAAUGGUAAUGAGCGGGCGGGGCCGCUUGUUUGCCUCCUCCAUCUGAACGCGCUAAAACAGAGCAGUCCGAAACCCUUUAAACUCCUCACCACCUGAGAGACGUUACAACUUUGCCGACGACCGUGUGUCGACGCAGUUUUGCGGUCUAGACCUCGAAAUCUUGGAUCACUGCUUCAUGCGCGCCCGGAGGGUCUACAAGGGUGUCUGUGACCUCUGAACCCCGGUCAACCUACUCCCCCUCCCCUCCCUGAGGCCAGACUGUGAUCCAUGGCGCUGGAUAAGCUGUUGAGUUUCGGGAAGCAGUUGCUGAGGGUGAAGGUAGUGGACUGUAACACAGAGGACUCCCGCCUGUCCCGAUGCCUCAACACUUUUGACCUGGUGGCCCUGGGCGUGGGCAGCACCCUGGGCGCUGGCGUCUACGUGCUAGCCGGCGCUGUUGCACGAGAGAAUUCAGGUCCUGCUAUUGUGCUGUCUUUCCUGAUAGCAGCCUUGGCCUCAGUGUUGGCCGGUCUGUGCUAUGCUGAGUUUGGAGCCCGUGUUCCAAAGACAGGCUCAGCUUAUCUUUACUCCUAUGUGACUGUAGGGGAACUCUGGGCCUUCAUCACUGGAUGGAACCUCAUCCUCUCCUAUAUCAUUGGUACCUCCAGUGUGGCCCGAGCAUGGAGCGCUACCUUCGACGAGUUGGUAGGGAAGCGCAUAGAGCAGUUCUGCAGAGAGUACAUGUCGAUGAAUGCACCGGGUGUAUUGGCAAAGUACCCUGACAUGUUUGCUGUUGUCAUCAUAAUCACCCUCACAGGUCUGCUGGCAUUUGGGGUCAAAGAGUCAGCAAUGGUGAACAAGGUUUUUACGUGUAUCAACGUCCUAGUCUUGUUGUUCAUGGUGGUGUCUGGUCUGGUCAAAGGUACUUUGAAGAACUGGCAGCUUGACCCUGAAGAGAUCCUACAUGCCAAUAAUACCAGUAACUCCAGCCUCAAUCUGACAGACAUCCUGCCAACCAAAGAAAGUUUAGGAGAAGGCGGCUUCAUGCCGUUUGGUUUCUCAGGCGUCCUAUCAGGAGCUGCUACCUGCUUCUAUGCUUUUGUCGGAUUUGACUGCAUUGCCACCACAGGUGAAGAGGUGAAGAACCCCCAGAGAGCCAUCCCUAUCGGCAUCGUAUCCUCACUGCUUAUCUGCUUCGUAGCGUACUUUGGUGUUUCUGCUGCCCUCACCCUCAUGAUGCCAUACUACCUGCUGGAUAACAACAGCCCCCUGCCUGUAGCUUUUAAUUAUGUGGGCUGGGGAGGAGCCAAAUAUGCUGUAGCUGUAGGCUCUCUUUGUGCCCUCUCUACUAGUCUGUUGGGUUCCAUGUUCCCCCUACCCCGAAUCAUCUUUGCCAUGGCUCGGGAUGGCCUGCUCUUCUCCUUCCUGGCCCACGUCAGCGAGAGGAAAUCCCCCAUAACGUCUACUGUCGCUGCCGGGGUUAUGUCUGCUAUCAUGGCAUUUCUGUUCGACCUGAAGGACCUGGUUGACCUGAUGUCAAUAGGGACGCUGUUAGCCUACACAUUAGUGGCUGCCUGUGUUUUGGUUCUCAGGUACCAGCCGGAGCAGCCCAAUCAUGUGUAUCAGAUGGGAAAUACCCACGAUGAUGUGGACCUGGGCGACGGCAUCAGUGUCCCCAGUAUGGGUAUCCUGCCUGGUGUGGAAGAGAGGUUCAGCUUUAAGAACCUCCUGUUCCCAAAUAACCCUGAGCCAUCCACACUUUCAGGCUUCGCUGUCAACACUUGUGCCUCUCUCAUGGGAACAUUGAUCCUGGUGUUCAGUAUAAUGGCAGUGCAGGGAGGCACUGCUGUGUGGAACAUCGUAGCCCUCAGUGUCAUCUUCAUGGUGUGUCUUCUUCUCACCUUUAUCAUCUGGAGACAGCCUGAGAGCAAGACAAAACUUUCCUUCAAGGUUCCACUGCUACCCUUUAUUCCAGUGAUCAGCAUGUUUGUAAAUGUUUUCCUGAUGAUGCAGCUGGACAGAGGUACUUGGAUACGGUUUGCUGUCUGGAUGGCUAUAGGUUUUGUGAUCUACUUCGGCUAUGGGAUUCAUCACAGCAUUGAGGGCGCUCGUCAUCGCUCGCCAGACACAGAGAUGAACGGCUUCAAGUGCGACCAUGAUUCAGGAGCCAUGUCAAUAGAAAAAGAGGCCUUCCUGCGCAAUGGCAUCAAUGCCAGGGAAGAGGACGAUGAAGAUUUGUAGGACGCAUUAAAACAUGUUGUGUACAUCUCGACCUCCCCUGACGCCAGUCUGUCUGUGUAAGAAUAUUUUUUGACUUGACGACUCCCUGUCAUUCACUGGCAGUUUUCCCUUUUGGGGGAAAGUAAUCAUACAUAACUGACCUAAAAUUCACAAAACUGUGUUUUUCCCUGUUGACUGCUGGGUAGAAAACUCGUGACAAUACUCAUGCAAAAGUAGAACUUCUUGAGCCAUAAUUGACUGUUCUGUUAAUUUAGUAUUUUUUUUGCUUGGCCUUGAGCUUCAACUGCUUGGCUGUCUUGGUGGGCGGGGCUCGUGUUUGAGACAUUUCAGUGUUUCAGGAGGUUGAGUUGAGGUCUGGGUUACAUUGCUGGCAGUCGGACUGUGUGCAAAUGUGUAACAGCUUUUGUCUGGGUACGGGAACAUUUUACAAUAGUACAUCUUUUGUAUUAUUGUAUUACAGUACCUUAUGUAUAUAUAUCUACAUACUUCUGAAAAUUAGAUAAAAUACAGAUUGGUUCCAAUAGCUAUAUUCUUUUAAACCUGACAACUCUUAUGUAACUGAUGUUGAAAUGCUGCUCUAACAGUCCUCCCCUGAGAGACAGGGAGACACUGUCAGAGCUUGCACAAUACACUGCAACACAUUUGUCAAUGAUAUAAUUACCCCGUUCACUAGUAGAAAAGGGUGGUUGGGCCAAUGGCUGCACAGUAUAAGUGGGACAGCAGGAAGCUGUAGCUUACGGUUACCAUGAGUCCAAUUUUAGGUCUGAAGGAUUGCAUUGAUACCAGCAAUCAAAAGCCUUGGAUCUGGCUGAAAAUUGUGAUACAGAAAUGUCUGUAACAAGACACCAAACAACAUGUGCUGUUGGACAGUUCCUUACGCUGGGAUACAGAAAUACAGAGGAAGUGAUUGGUCUAAUGCUUUGUUGACACCAAAUGUGAAAGACACAUGCCCAAAGACAAGAAUAGACGCUAAUUGGUGGUAGGCAAAGCAAAUGAUGUGACGCAAAAUUUGCGCCAUUCACGCCAGUUUAAAUCUUUCAACUUGCACAAAGAAUUUACGUGAUGCUGUGUAAGGGGAGCCAAUCAGCGUCUAGAUACUCCUGAAGUCCUGACUUUGUUAAAUCUGAAAUGGAAGAAAAGAAUAUUGUUGCCAUCUAUGAGCAGUGAAAUCGACUGAGCUGUGUUUUGAAUUAUGUUAUUAAUCCAGACACGACAGCGUUUGGUUUUCUGGCAAAUCUGGGUCUUCCACAACAGGUACAAAGCAGCAAUAGUGGUUAUUUUGGCCAUGGUUGAUGACGGGAAGAAAUGGUGGCAAGAAACAUGGUUGGUAUCUACAUGUAGCCCCUCCUCAGAUACCUGAUUUUACAUCCUCUUCACAAUACUAACGACAGUUGAUAAAAUGCAAAAUCUUAUUUGGGAUAUUUAAUACCCUUGGCAAAUAUAUGGAAUCUGGUUUGUGAACCCGCAUGCAUGUUGAUCAUCAGAUGAAGACAUUGUGAUUUGCUGAAUGUCAGUUAAUCCCAUGUAACAUUAGAUGAUAGUUGAUUUUCACAGUGCUGGCUGCUGUGUCUUUUUUGCAUCUGUAGCUUGUAACAUUUAGCUUCUCAUUUCAAAAAAGAAUACAGGCUGACAUUUUUCCUUCUUAAAAUCUUCAAUUUGGAAGAACAUGUUUUUUUCUCAAUUUAUUUGACGCCUUUUCUCGUGUUUAUUCAUUUUUCUUAUUUGAUUACCCGUUUCCGAAAACACGGUCAUUUCCAGUGUGCUUUUCAGAUUAUGAUUCAACUUAAUAUUUACAGUUAAGUAAAAGCCAAUGAAGAAUUUGAUCAGGUAGGAUUUUGUCUCGCUUGUACAUUUACUUACAUACAUUUUUGUUGUUGUCAUUAAAAUAUCUAAUGCUUAGAUAUUUUCUUUUUUCAUAAACAUAAGAGUACUCCACUGAUUAAGCAAUGCACUCAUAGCAUUCUUCUUCCUUGUCGAAACCUGGAGCCUACAUUGCCCACAAUGCAACUCAACCUCCAACAGUUCAGAUGGAGAUUUGGGUUUGUUAUGCUAGUAGCAGCUAGCAUAAAACCGAGAUGAAGAAGGAGCUACAGAGGUCUGACAAUCUCACUUCUUUCUAAAUCCACACCCACCGUAUUUUACAUUUUCAAACUUGUGGUGUUCAGACCCAACUGACGUUACCUCAAGUAACAUGGCUCGAAGCAAUUAAUCAGACACAAGAAAAGGUGUUUUUACACAAGUUUUCAUGCAGUAGUACUCCCCAAGAACUGCAAACAGAUUUUGGUGUGUAAAAUUGGUGUAGUUCCCCUUUAACAAAAGUUUAAUUCAUCAUUUAAAUUCAGACCUAUUCAUGAACACGUAUAUCAUGUUCCCAUGAAUUUUACCCUUUACUGUAAGUGCAUUCAUUGUAGUUUCGGGAGUCCUUCACAACACAGUGGCUUUCUAUAAAACAUGUACGAUCAAGAUUGUGUAUAUAAGAUUUUGUUUAUAUUUCUUGUAGUAAAUUAUUUGUAAAUUGGAGAAAAGGCUUAUAUUAUGUUGCCCUGUUUGUGUCUGACAUUGUUUUCCUUAUAUCGUGUUUACUUGAUCAGUGCAACUGAAACUAUAUCCUCAGGGUUGGCAAUAUCACUGCCUUCACCUUUUAUUGUCAUGACUUUAGCCAUUAUUGCCUUAUUAAAAAGUGCAGUUAUAACAUGAUAACUUUGGGAUAUUGGGAUGACUGUGGCAAAAA